CCUCACUAAGACUAGAAGAAGCCGUAGUGUCGCGCUUUUUCAAGAAUAAGCAGAGUAUUAUUUCAUCCUGAAUGAUAAGGCCAAGGCGGGGUGUUUUCUGUUUCCUAAAUUUCAUAUGCCCUCUGUGAUAUUAAGUUAUCAAAGCAAAAGCGCACGACGAAAAAGAAAAUGAGGCCAUCCACGCGUGGACCGUUGUUACUUGUGCCUUAUUCAUCUUCUGUGUGUUUCAUCGGCUUAUUACCGCGGUUGUGUGUCUGCUCGCUACCAGCAGGGGCGGCGCUCCCGAGUACUAGCUUGUCCUCCGGGGAGGCCAAAACCUCAUCGACCGAAGUUCCAAAACCGACCGAAGUGGGAUUUUUUCCGCAGUUGCAGGACCACUUUACCUUCGAUACAGAUACGACUUUUAACCAACGAUACCUCGUCUACGACGGGUUUUGGGCUUUGGAUGAAGGCCCCAUUCUUUUUUACCUGGGGAAUGAGGGCCCUAUCGACCGGUUUUACAAGGACACCUCCGUGCUGUUCUCCAGUAUCGGACCAAAAUUGAAGGCCUUAAUUCUUUUCGUCGAACACCGUGGGUACGGGCAGUCUACUCUGGACAACAACUCUGCAGUUUUCGGACAAGGAGCAGGAGACCAAGAAGAAGCUGACAAGAAGAACUACCUCUAUAAUUAUACAAUCGACCGAACAAAAAUAAAAACAAACACGAAUGCCACCAAAUUACUGACGAUCGAGCAAGCUUUGGCGGACUACGCGCGAUUUCUCGUGUUCUUCCAAAAGAAGAGAAACGCGGUUGGCAGUCCCGUAUUUGUGUUUGGCGGCAGCUAUGGGGGCAUGCUUGCCGGCUGGUUUCGCGUCAAGUAUCCGCACCUGACGAGCGGGGCGGUCCUGUCCAGCGCGCCGGUGGACUUCUACCCUGGUCUUAGUGGGCGGACCACUGGUCGUGGUGCCUCCAAAGCGUUAGCAGGGGGAACGGGGAGCGACAGCCUCUCCGGAACAACUCCUCGUCCGUAUGCGGCAGCGUUGAGCGGGUCAUCUGAUGCAGGAGUAGGAACUACGAGGGUUUCGAAAACAGGUCUGGUCAGCAGCAAGACCUCUCGUCCUGGUGAAGAUCUCGUCCCGGGCGAGGAUUCUUAUACUGGCGCCGGAGCGGUGCGCGUUGUACAAAAUAAGGACGCGAAAACGUCGUUAAGUGGUGUAAUAAUUCCUAAGAAAACCGGGGAUGGUGCGACAGAGACGGACCACAGCGAAGGCAGCGAGGAGGACGCAGGGGGUCGUGCCGGGGAAGAUGGUGCUGUUGUUGACCACCACUCCCAGCACGAGAGCACCGAUGUGAAAAUUAUCUCCAAGUCCCUGUCAUUCUGGAAAGCCGUGGUGCACACGUUUCUGCUUGCCGGCGGUGCUGCGUACCAGUCCGCACUGCUGAAAAGUGUGGACGUGCUCGGCAAGCUGGUCGUCGCGACGAGGAAGAAAGAACAAGAGGCAAUAAAGGCAAAGCCUGAAUCAUAUCUAGUCUUUCCGCCAGAAAUCAUGCUGACCAGCGGUAGUGGUGCAAGAGGAAAAACAAUACUACCGCCAACAUCCGAGCACUUGUCCACAGAAACGCUGGAUCUUGCGAAGAUUUUUCGUACCUGCGAAAAGAGCCCAAAUACCGCGCAAUUGUACUACUACGUCAAGGGCGCGCUGUCCACCCUCGCUAUGGAGAACUACCCGUUUCCCUUUUUCCUCACGAAACCACUGCCGGCGGAUCCCGUGAAGGUGGCGUGUGAAGCGCUGGUAGGUGGUCGUUCGUUUAAUACUUCUACGUCAUCUACUGCUUCGGGGAAGGCGAAGGAUCUCGAUGUACUUCCUUCUGAUCAAGAACGUGAUCCUGCGAAAAAGAACUACACCAAGGCAGCUGAAGCUGAAACCGCUGACAAAGAAACACUCUUGUCGCAGCUGGCCGCCGCUGUGGACGUGUACGUCGGGACGGAUUUCUGCAAGAAUACGACCAGGGAACUGCUCGGGAGAACAGAUUUUAUUCACGACAGCAAAUUAAAUUCUGCAUCUACAACUUCCGCUUCGGCUGAUAUAGUAAAGGACGUUGAUAAAGUUCUGGAAAUGGAGCCGUGGAACGUGCAGGCGUGCUCCGAGCUCCCGAUGCAGCCGCUAACCUCCGACUUUCUGGGUUUUUACCCGCCAGAAACCUUCGCCGCACUGGAGCAGUUGAAAAAAACCUGCAAAGAGGUGUACAAUGUCUACACGCGUCCGGAUUUUCUGCCGGUGCACUACGGGUCCCGCGACAUCGGGAGGAACCUGCCACUGACAAAGGCGAUCAUUGUUGACGGCGAAUUUGACCCCUGGCGGGUCGGAAGUUUCGAAUUUGAUACAGCAGCAAAUUCUGACGAACAUUCCGAAAGAAGUGCCAGUCUGAUGCGGCACGUCUACACGCACAAAAACCUUCGCGAGCGCGGCGACGAAAUAAGUUCCACCAAGAAUGCAACAUCGAACACUUCGACCUCCUCGUCUUGUUUCUACCAGAAAAACGAGCACAAUGACGUAGUCAAGAUCCUUCCAGUCCCUGGCGCGGCGCACCACCAGGACCUGAUUCAACAGAUGCCCGGGGACAGCGAGGGUCUGUUGUGUGCGAGAGGGCUGAUCCUCGCGACGCUGGAACGGUGGACAAGAACUUUAAAAACAGCUAAAAAAAGUGGUUCCCAAGAAGAACAAGCGCAGAAUGUUAAGGAAUUCGUUGGACAGCAUGAAGAUGUCAAGAACGAGGAUGACUCAACAUUUUCCAGUAUCAAAAAGGAACAUCAAGUUGGAACUUCUCCCGAAGUAGAGGAGCAACAAACCUCUGCCUUCUUGGUUGAAGAAAUUACAGCAUUUUUGCAGCACGUGGCGGAUUCUUGCACUAGAUCGCCAGCGUGUAAUACUACUGUAGCCUCGAUGUUGUUGCGGCUAGACGGCAUGGCAUCUAAUGCUUUGCUUUGA